AGUUCACUAGACUUGCAGCUUUCGUACCGGAUCUGGUUCGCACGGAGGCUCAGAGAGCGCAGCGGUUCAUCGACGGGCUUUUCCCAGCAGUCCGUCACAACAUCGUGGGACACGGGACUCAGACCUACGCUCGUGCAGUUUCUAUCGCCCAGGAGGUGGACGCUAGCAUCAGGAGGGAGGCAGUUCGUGAUCGUGCCCAGCCAUCCGCCCCAGUUCAGCCAUUCGCAGCUCCACCAGCUCUACCAGCCCCUCAGCCGGCAAAGGAGAAGAAGAGGAAGGGAAAGGGUACACAGACUGACCGGAGGACCCGACAGAGACAGCCGCCAAUUCCACCGUGCCCGACUUGUGGUCGACUUCAUAGGGGAGAGUGCUAUGUGGGACAGGACAUCUGCUAUUACUGCCAUGAGCCGGGACAUUUUGCGAGUCACUGUCCGAAAAGACUCCAGCAGCAGCCUUCGCAGCCUCAGCAGCCACCACAGCAGCAGCAGCCACGUCAGCAGGCACAGAGACCGCCUCAGCAGCAGCAGCAGCAGCAGAGGGGCAGGCAGCAGGCCAGGGUUUACGCAGUUGAACAGGCAGAGGCAGCACAACAGCCAGGUACUAUGUCAGGGAUGGUCGUUCUCAAUGAUAUUCCUGUUUUCGCUUUGUUCGAUACUGGAGCAACACAUACUUUCAUUUCACGACGAUGUCUCGAUGCCAUCGGAGUUCACGCCAUUACCGCUGUCGAUCCUCUCGAGGUGAGUUUAGCCUCGGGACGAAAGAUAGUGACCUCAGCUAAAGCCUCAGAUCUUAGCCUUUCCAUCGGUGGCCGAGUAUUGACUGCCGACGCAUUUGUUCUUGAGAUGAAGGACUUCGACCUUAUUCUCGGGAUGGAUUGGCUAUCCUUCUAUCAUGCAGACAUCAGGUGUCAUGACCGGGAGAUCACUCUCUAUCUUCCGGGAGACGAAUCGAUCACUUUCUUCGGUUCCAGGAAUCGUUCAUUGCCUCAUGUGGUUUCGAUG